CAGUACUGCCGCAGGCACAGUCCUGGCACAGGAGCCAGCCAGUUGUGCAGGCUGCCAGCAGGGAAGACAGCCAGUGCUGUGUGGACUCACUGUUAGCCAUGGAGCAGGAAGGUGGAAUCAGGCAGGAGCUGGGAAACCUCCAUGGCAUCCCCCUCUUCAAGAGUUUCAUCGAGGGCUGGCCACAGGUGAAGGCUUUCCAAGCCCGUCCAGACGACCUGCUCAUCUCCACCUACCCCAAAUCAGGCACAACAUGGCUGAGUGAGAUCAUGGACAUGAUCUACCAUGAUGGCAAUGUGGAGAAGUGCCGACGGGAUGCCAUCUACAACCGUGUGCCCUUCCUGGAAAUGAAGGUCUCCAAGGAUCUGAGUGGCAUUGAGCAGCUGGAGAAAACCCCAUCCCCACGGCUGGUAAAGACCCAUCUCCCGGUCCAGCUCCUCCCGACCUCCUUCUGGGAGAAGGACUGCAAGAUUGUCUACAUGGCCCGCAACCCCAAGGAUGUUGCCAUCUCCUACUACUUCUUCCACCAGAUGGCCAAGAUACACCCUGACCCCGGCACAAAGGCUGAGUUUUUGGAGAACUUCAUGGCUGGCAAAGUGGCCUAUGGGUCGUGGUAUGACCAUGUGCGCGGAUGGUGGGAGGAGAAGCAGAAGAGGAAGAUACUCUACCUCUUCUAUGAGGACAUGAAGAAGGACCCACGGCGGGAGGUGCAGAAGAUCUUGCAGUUUCUGGGCAAAGAGUUGGCGGAGGGAACGGUGGAGAGGAUUCUGCACCACACCUCCUUCCAGGAGAUGAAGAAGAACCCUGCUGCCAACUAUGAGACCAUGCUCCCCACUUUGAUGGAUCACAGCCUCUCCCCCUUCCUUCGGAAAGGGAUCUCUGGAGACUGGAAGAAUCACUUCACUGUGGCCCAGAAUGAGCGCUUCAACCAGCACUACCAGGAGCACAUGGCAGGUUCUGACCUCCACUUCCAGAUGGAAGAAGAACAUUUCACCACUAUCAGCACCUUUAAACACUUUUCCCAGGAGUACUUGUGCUUUGCAACCCCGCAAACUUUGGACCCGUAUUUGAGUGGAGUAGGGGUACGACCAAAGCCUGAACCCACAUCCCGCUUACAAGCUCCACGUCGGUGUGAGGAGCUGGGGACGUUCAGGCAGGUGAUUCUUGGACCAGGACAGGGUGAUGUUCAGUCUCUCGGGAUGUGCUGGGCACGGACAGCUCACCACAGGCAUCCGGGGCCGUCCUCAUUCCCGCUCGCCCUUUCCCUGCCCUCCUCCCACCGCAAAACCGGGACCGAGUCGCUCCGGGCUCCAGUCCCAGCGGUGUCCCCCGCCUCCCUGCGGCCUCCAUCUUCCCUGCAGGGGAAGGAAAUUAACAAAUCCCGCCCUGUAAGCGGCGGACAUAGCUUUGCCUCCUCCCUGCCAGGGCGCCCGGAAAAGAGGAUGGCCGAUUCAGACACCUACCUGCGGCAGCCCUGGCGCACCGUGCAUGGCAUCCCCAUGGUCAGCGCCUUCGCCCUCAACUGGGAACAGGUGGACAAUUUCCAGGCCCGUCCUGAGGACAUCGUGGUGGUCACCUUCCCCAAGUCUGGCACCACCUGGGUCAGUGAGAUCGUGGACAUGGUCCUGAAAGGCGGUGACCCAGAAAAAUGCAAGCAGGAUGACAUUGUGAACCGGGUGCCAAUGAUGGAGUUUGCUGCCCCUGGAAAGAUGGCAGCAGGCACAGAGCAGCUGGAAGCCAUGCCAUCCCCUCGCAUCAUCAAGACCCAUAUCCCAGCUCACAUCUUGCCCAAAUCCUUCUGGGAAAACCACUGCAAGAUGAUCUAUGUGGGGCGCAACGCCAAGGAUGUGGCUGUCUCCUACUACCAUUUUGACUUGAUGAACAAGUUCCACCCGCACCCAGGGACAUGGGCCCAGUACCUGGAGGAGUUCAUGGCUGGCAGAGUGGCAUAUGGUUCCUGGUACGACCACGUCAAGGACUACUGGGAGCGCAGGAAGGAUCACCCCAUUCUCUACCUCUUCUACGAGGAUUUGAAGGAGGACCUCCGUCGGGAGAUUGCCAAGGUGGCCCAGUUCCUGGGGCAGAAGCUGUCGGAGGCAGCGCUGGACACCAUCACCCGACACACUUCCUUCGAGGCCAUGCGGGACAACCCUGCGACCAACUACAGCAAGGUGCCCUCCGACCUCAUGGACCACGGCGUGUCCCCCUUCAUGCGCAAAGGCACCACCGGAGACUGGAAGAACCACUUCACCGUGGCCCAGAACGAGCGCUUUGACCAGGACUAUGCGCAGAAGAUGUCGGACACCGACCUGUGCUUCCGCACUCAGAUCUGAGGAGGCACCGCCGCACGCCCCCCAAGUCUGCCCUGUGCUGUGAUGGCACUGCUGCCGUUCCUUCUUCUCCCCCGAGACUGCUGGAGAGAAAUAAAAUGUGCUCCCUGA